UUGGGCCGGGCGCUGUGCCACUGCCACCGCCGCCGCCGCUGCAUCCCGCCCGGUCUGAGUCCGCCCGCCACGCCCGCCGAGCCGCUGCCGCCGCCAGGUACCCCGGCUCCGGCCCCGCCCCGGGGAGAGCCAGGGAGGGGGGCGGCCGGGGCAGGAGUCGCGGGGACGAGGACCCUGGGCGCCCGCGCCCCGCGGCGGGACCCUCGACGCUAUGCCCCCCACCCCCGGGACCCGGCGCCCCCCACUCCCCCCGCGCUGGAGGGGCAGAGCCAAGCCGGGACCCCAGGGCAGGAAGGACCUGUGAGCCGCACUGGGGCAGGAGCCACUCGGUCUGGGCAGCAGAAAUCCCUCCCCAUCUUCGGGGUGGGGGUGGGGCGGCCUUGGCCUCUCUCUGCAGGGACAGGUGUCGGCCACCUCUCCACUCCCAAAGUCUAGGGGCUGGAAGGCCAGGCAGGGACUUGGCUGCCCUGACUCCUUCGUCUCUCUGUCCCUCUGUCUCUGCCAUCAGUCUCUCAGCCACUCCACCCACGAGAUGGUGAGUCUUCUGUGGUCCCUCCCCCACAAGGCCCAAGUCCCUGGGCAGAGAGUGGGCCCAGAGGACAGCAGGCAGCACCUAGGACCUAAGCCUGGGAGUUGCCCCCUGCAGACAGCUUAGACCCACGACCAGCUCCCCCACCCCCACCCUGCAGCUGCAUCCUGGGAGGUGGGCACUCUUAGUGCCCUGUGACAUUCAUUCAUUCCAUGGCCCCUCAGGGAGCUCACCUUCUAGGAGACGGCACAGAGGCUCUGGCCCUGGCAAACUGGGAUUCGAGCCCAGGCAUGAGGCCCAGUCCUCUGCCGUCUGGGCCACAGCACACCAUCUCCCAACAACCAAGAGAUUCUCUUUGUCCCAGCCUCAUCAGCCCCCAGGGGAUGGGAGAGGGCAGGCACCAGGCAACAAGGUCCAAAGAGACCUCACGACUUGCUCAAGGUGGCCGAGCCUGUCCCCUGGAGGACAGACUCAGCUGCCAGGCCUGUCCAGGCCUGGGGACUGCAAAGAACAAGAAUUCCAUUCACACGAAGCCUCCCAGCAGCCCCAUAUUGGGGGGCGCCAGCCUCAGAGAGGGGAGGGACGUUAGGUUUCAUCCAAAGAAAGCAUUUCCAUGACUCAAAAUAUCUGCAGGGGGGAUACUGUCUAGCCUCCUAAUGUUUAGCCCAGGGCUGGGCACACAGUAGGGCUUCAAGACCUACGUGGGGAUGACAGUGGAAUCACAUUGAGGUGUCAGCAUACUCCAUGCCGGGUCAUCAGACAGAAAUAAGCCACCUCAGAGUGAUGGCUGGGUUCGUUCAUUCAUCUACUCUUCAGUCAACAAACACUUACUGAGAAGUAGCUGUGUGCCAGGCACGCUUUAGGUGCUGGGGUUGCCUCCAUGAACAAAACAAGCAGAAAACUCUGCUGCUGUGAAGCAAACUAAGGCGGAGCCCAGCGUGGCAGGGGCGGGAGGGGCUGGCCGGCAGGACACUGCUUCCUGCCAUCCCCCCAGGGGCACCACACAGAACAGUUUACAAAGCACUCCCACGGUUGCGUUCCCAUUAACAAGCCUUCGCCCCCAACACAAGCCUUUCCUCUCCUAGUCCCCAGGACGGUGUCAGCCCUGAACAUAGCCCAGGCUGGGAGAGUGGGGGGCUUAUACCCUUGAGUGACUUAAUGUGCCCACUGGCCCACCCUGCCCAAGACCCACCACUUCUGCCCUCUCAGCUCUCCCUGGAUCCAUCGGGUCCCGAGUGGGAUUGCCCACUGGGCUCCAAGGACCUGGAGGAAGAGGGCCCCUGGGGAGGGGGCUCUGGCCUGCCACCCACAGGCUGCUUCCCUGGCUCCUGGCGCCAGGACGUGGGCCUGGACUGCAAGGGAUCCCCCGAGGGGGCCGAGGCCCGGGCUUGGACUGUCUACUACUACAGCCUCCUGCAGAGCUGUCUGCAGCAAGCUGGCCUUCCGGAGACCCAGGACCGCAGCCAGGUGCCCCGCACAGGAAACAUGCUCCUUUGCCUGUCCCCUGCUUGGCUGAUGAAGGUGCCAGCACCCGGGCAGCCGGGUGAGGCAGCCCUGCUAGUCUCCAAGGCUGUGAGCUUCCACCCUGGGGGCCUGACAUUCCUGGAUGACUUUGUCCCCCCGCGCCGUGCCACCUACUUUCUGGCAGGCCUUGGCCCGGGGCCUGGCCGGGGCCGAGAGGCAGCAGAACUCGCUCGUGACCUGACCUGCCCCACAGGAGCUUCGGCUGAGCUGGCCCGGCUGCUGGAGGACCGGCUGCUGACAAGGCAGUUGCUGGCCCAGCAGGGUGGUGUGGCUGUGCCAGCGACCCUGGCUUUCACCUACAAGCCGCCGGGGCUGCUGCUGGGAGGGGAUGCCAGCCUAGGGCUACGGCUGGUGGAGCUGAGUGGCAAAGAGGGCCAGGAGAUGCUGGUGAAAGAGGAAGUGGAGGCUUUUCUGCGCUCCGAGGCCCUGGGUGAUAUCCUGCAGGUGGCUGUGAAGCUCAGUGGCUGGCGCUGGCGGGGGCGGCAGGCAUGGCGUCUGCACCCGCGGGCAGAGUUGGGUGCAGUGGUGGACACAGUGCUGGCGCUGCUGGAGAAGCUGGAGGAGGAGGAGAGUGUCCUGGUGGAGGCUGUGUAUCCACCUGCCCAGCUGCCCUGCUCAGAUGGUCCUUCACCUGGCCCCGGCCUGGCAGUGCGAAUCUGUGCUGUGGUGUGUCGGAUACAGGGUGAUAGGCCACUGCUGAGCAAGGUGGUGUGCGGCGUGGGCCGCGGGGACCGCCCUCUACGGCACCACAACUCCCUGCCGAGGACGCUGGAGGUGGCGCUGGCCCAGUGCGGCCUGGGCGAGGAGGCGCAGGUGGCGGCUGUGCGGCAGCGCGUCAAGGCGGCGGCCGAGGCCGCGCUGGCCGCCGUGCUGGCUCUGGAGGCCGGUCUGAGUGCCGAGCAGCGCGGCGGGCGCCGGGCGCACACGGACUUCCUGGGCGUGGAUUUCGCGCUGACAGCGGCCGGCGGCGUGCUGACCCCAGUGGCCCUGGAGCUGAACGGCGGCCUGUGCCUGGAGGCGUGCGGCGCGCUGGAGGGGCUGUGGGCCGCGCCGCGGCUGGGGCCGGCGGCCGACGAGGCGGUGGCGGCGCCGCUGGUGGAAACCAUGCUUCGGCGGUCGGCGCGCUGCCUCAUGGAGGGAAAGCAGCUGCUGGUGGUCGGCGCUGGCGGCGUCAGCAAGAAGUUCGUGUGGGAGGCGGCGCGCGACUACGGGCUCCAGCUGCACCUCGUGGAGUCAGACCCCAACCACUUUGCAUCCCAGUUGGUACAGACCUUCAUCCACUUUGACAUGACAGAGCACCGGAGGGAUGAGGAGAACGCACGGCUGCUGGCAGAGUUGGUGCGGGCUCGCGGCCUCAAGCUAGAUGGCUGCUUCUCCUACUGGGAUGACUGCCUGGUGCUCACAGCCCUGCUCUGCCAGGAGCUAGGUCUGCCCUGCAGCUCCCCAGCUGCCAUGCGCCUGGCUAAGCAGAAGAGCCUCACUCAGCUGCACCUGUUGCGCCACCAUGGCCCACCCUGGCCUGCGCCCUCCCUCCAUGCUGUGCCCUGCUGCCCACUGGAGAGCGAGGCUGACGUGGAGAGGGCUGUGCACCAGGUACCCCUGCCAGGUGUCAUGAAGCUGGAGUUCGGGGCAGGUGCGGUGGGUGUGCGGCUGGUAGAGGAUGCGCCACAGUGCCAUGAGCACUUUUCCCGGAUUACUCGAGACUUGCAGGGCGAGGCUGACCACCCAGGCAUUGGGCUGGGCUGGGGCAAUGCCAUGCUGCUGAUGGAGUUUGUGGAGGGCACCGAGCACGACGUGGACCUGGUGUUGUUUGGUGGGCGGCUGCUGGCUGCCUUUGUCUCUGACAAUGGCCCUACGAGGCUGCCUGGCUUCACUGAGACGGCGGCCUGCAUGCCCACCGGGCUGGCACCAGAGCAGGAGGCACAGAUGGUUCAGGCAGCCUUCCGCUGUUGCCUGGGCUGCGGGCUGCUCGAUGGAGUCUUCAACGUGGAGCUCAAGCUGACCGGGGCUGGGCCUCGGCUUAUCGAGAUCAACCCCCGCAUGGGUGGCUUCUACCUGCGUGAUUGGAUCCUGGAGCUCUAUGGCGUGGACCUGCUGCUGGCUGCUGUUAUGGUGGCCUGUGGCUUGCGUCCUGCCCUGCCCACCCGCCCACGUGCUCGUGGCCAUCUGGUGGGCGUCAUGUGCCUUGUGUCCCAGCACCUGCAGGCCCUGAGUUCCACCGCCAGCCGUGAGACCCUGCAGGCCCUGCACGACCGUGGACUGCUACGCCUCAAUCUGCUGGAGGAGGCCCUGGUGCCUGGCGAGUACGAGGAGCCCUACUGCAGUGUGGCCUGUGCCGGACCCAGCCCCAUCGAGGCCCGUCUCCGCCUGCUGGGCCUCUGCCAGGGCCUGGGCAUCGAUGGGCCCAGCUACCCUGUUGCCCACUUCCUGUCUCACUUCAAAUAGCACUGGGGUCAGGGGGCAGGGAAGCAGUGCUGGGAGGAGGCACUGUGGUGCCCUCUGCUCCCUGGAGCUCUUCCUGCUUCUCUCCCCAUCGCCAUGCCCAGCCCCAGCCUGGCCCGCUGCAAUGCCUAGGUCUGUUCCAGAGCAGCAGGGCAAUUUAGACACCAAGGCAUCCUGGACUCAAGGGCCUCUUGCCCUCCCGAAGGCCCCAGUCCAGCCUACAGCUUCCCCAGCAUUCUAGCCUUGGAGAAAUGACAAUGGCCACACACAAACACACACACCUCUGUCGCCAGCUCCCCAGGUGGGAGUGGGCCCAAACCCAGCCCCUCCUGUCCACCCCUCCAGGUCUCACUCUCUUCCUGCCAUCUACAAGAGGAGAGGACCUGGCUAGGCCCCAAGCCUUGGACAAAUCCUGGGAAAACCUGAGACUAGAACCCUUGUCUUCCUCUUACCCAAAUUCUAGGAUAACUCUAGAGCCUGCUGGAAACUUGGUGGCAUCCAACCUGCCUCAUUCAGCCUGAGCGGUAGAGGCAGGUGGCCUGUGGACAGAAGUAAUCCUCUUUCUGCUCACCCCAGGCAGACACAACUGCCUAUGUUCCCCCGAUGAGAGGAAACAGGCUGAGAGAAGAAAAAUGACUGCUCCAGGAUUAUACCACAGUGGAGGGCGGGUCACAGGACAUGAUGCAGGGUCCAGGUUUCUGUUUUGAUCAAGUCUUACAUGCCCAUUCAGCUUCUAGGCCCCCCUCACCUCCCUGCCCUCAUUCACAAGUGGCCCCGAGACACGUGAACACCUCCCUCCUAUGCAUCACAAACCUUCUCCACCGAGCUUUGGUGCUUUGGCCUCUGGCACACCUAACUAGCAUUGGCAGAGGAGAGUCUACACUCUCUUCCUCAUUCAGGGAAGAUGCUUUAAGAAAUCCUGCCUCUGUGCAGCAGAGGAGCUGGAGGCAGCUCCCCAAGCAUCCCUCCCCAAAUAAAGGCUUAUGUACUGGUGAA